GACGAAGCUUUACUCAAUGUUGCCCCCCCUAUUCAAUAUGGCUGUCGUAUCUGCUCUUUUCAGUAACGCUCCGAUUGGAGAUUGACUCGACUCUGCAUGACUUGGUGCCUCUCUGUAUUGCUUGUUUCAUCGUGAUUUUUGUUAAUAAGUUGUUGUGCAUCUCCAAACAACCCUUAUUUCGUUUCUUAACCAGCCUCAUCUUAGGCAUUGCGUUGGGCCUUUACCCCUAAACAGCCAGCUGCCAACAGUCCGAAUUAAUCAACAAUUUCCAAUGGUUUGAGUAACGUUACACUUUUCGCUCUUUCUUCUUAAUGAACAAUGUGUGAAAACUGCGCCGAGCUGGUGGAGGUUUUAAAUGAAAUCUCGGAUGCAGAUAGCACUGAUGGCCUACAGCUGAAGAAGGAGCAUGCCUUAAGAGUCUUCAACUACAUAAGCUCAUGGACACAGAGGCAAUGUCUGUGCUGCUUCAAGGAGUACAAACACCUGGAGGUGUUCAACCAGCUGGUCUACGCCCUCAUCAACCUGGUCAUCGCCCAGGUGACCAGCCUACGGGACCGCCUCUGCACUGGCAGCGGCGUCAGAGGAGACGGUGGCAGCAGCAACAUCACCGGCGGUAACCCCGGCGGAGACGGGGCGGAGUCAGACUGGGGAGGCGGGGCUUGUAACCAACCCCGCCCCCAGGCCUCGCCCAUCGAGGACGAGCCGCUGAACGUGGAGAGGGACUCGGCGGAGGAGGACGGCGGCGGAUCGGAACCGCUCGGAAAGAACCAGAACCAGGAGCCGCAGGGGAGGUCGGAGAACCCCAGGCUCGGCGAGGGGUCGGUGGGGAGUGGCGGUGUGGAGAACCAGGACCCCUUUGGAUCCUGGACCACGGAGGACCGGGAGAAGCUGCUGCUGUGUGUCGCCAAGAUAUUUCAGAUCCAGUUCCCCCUCUACACCGCCUACAAACACAACACACACCCCACUAUAGAGGACAUUUCAGCUCAAGAAAGCAAUAUCCUGGGCUCCUUCUGCGACAUGAACGACGUGGAGGUGCCCCUGCACCUGCUGCGCUACGUGUGCCUGUUCUGUGGGAAGCACGGUCUGGCGCUGAUGAAGGACUUCUUGGCCGGGCGCACGAGAUCCCUCCCUUUCCCUGCCCACGCCUUCAUCUGUCGUCUCCAAAGCAUCAGAAUAUGGUUGCACAUUCCCGCUGUAAUGCAGCACAUCAUCCCUUUCCGCACACAUGUAAUCAGGUAUCUGUGCAAGCUGUCGGACCAGGAGCUGCGGCAGAGCGCGGCGCGCAACAUGGCCGACCUGAUGUGGAGCACGGUGAAGGAGCCGCUGGACAGUGCGCUGUGCUUCGACAAGGAGAGCCUGGACCUGGCCUUCAAGUACUUCAUGUCGCCCACGCUAACCAUGCGGCUCGCCGGCCUCAGCCAGAUCACGAAUCAGCUUCACGCCUUCAACGACGUCUGCAACAACGAGUCGCUGGUGUCGGACACAGAGACGUCAAUAGCCAAGGAGCUGGCCGACUGGCUUAUAAAUAACAAUGUAGUGGAACACAUAUUUGGACCAAAUUUGCACAUUGAGAUCAUCAAGCAGUGCCAAGUGAUCCUGAACUUUCUGGCUGCGGAGGGUCGUCUCAGCACCCAGCACGUGGACUGCAUCUGGGCCGGCGCUCAGCUGAAACACUGCAGCCGGUAUGUCCACGACCUGUUCCCCUCCCUCAUUAAGAACCUGGACCCAGUGCCUCUCAGGCAUGUGCUCAACCUGGUGUCUGGACUGCACCCCAGCGCACACACAGAACAGACUCUAUACUUGGCCUCCAUGCUGAUCAAGGCCCUGUGGAACAACGCCCUGGCGGCCAAGGCCCAGCUCUCUAAGCAGAGCUCCUUCGCAUCGCUGCUUAACACCAACCUCCCCAUGGGCAACAAGAAGGGAUCCCCUGCUGCAAGCCCUGAGAGCAGCGACAACAGCGACACGCACCACAGCGGCGGCAGCGACCUGGAGAUGGACGAGCAGAUCAUGAGCGGCAGCAAGAGAGGCCAGCAGAGGCUGUCUGACACAGAGGAGUCUCUGCAGGGCAGUUCAGACGAGACGGCCAACAGUGGUGAGGAGGGCAGCAGCGGGCCGGACAGCAGCAGCGGCCGCUCGGAGGCCUCCAGCAACGAGGAGGCGGGCUCCAGCCACGCCAGCCAAUCGGCUGGCAGCCCGGGCUCCGAGCUGCACUCGGACGACAUGGCCGACAGCGAGGCGCUCAAGGAAGAGGAGGAGGAGGAGGAGGAAGAGGAGGAGGAGGACGACGACGAAGAUGACGACGAAGACGACGAAGAGGACGAGGAGGAGGAGACGACGACGACUACUGUGGCAACAGCGGCGAGGCCCAGCGGUUUGGCGUCCGUGUCGUCGGUGGUCUCCGCGACGACGGACGGAGGGCCGCAGAAGGAGACGCGAGAGGCCCCAGCGGCGGCGGUCGCGUCAACCUCGGCGGCGUCUUCGUCGGAACUGAGAAAGAGGAAGGCGGGCGAGCCGCUGGACGAGAUCCAGCCCCCGCCCGAGCGCCCUGGCAUGGGAGUGGGCAUCGGCGCGGCAACCACAAGCAGCAGUGGCCUGGCGUCCAUCUCGUCCUCCUCCGCUGCCACCACCGCUCUGCCCGGCCCUGCGCCACCCAAAACCAAACCCCUCCCCUUCACCUCUGACCCCUCCUCCUCCUCCUCCGCUGCUGCGUCCGUUUCCGUCAUGGCCGCCGCCGUGGCGUCCACUUCCUCCUCUUCCUCCGCUGCUGCUGCGGUGGUCUCGUCCUCCAUGAGGAUGCUGGACCCCUGCACCUCCUCCUCUUCAUCCUCCUCCACGUGCUUGGAUCCCAUGGCUGAUCAUCAUCAUCAGCAGCAGCAACAACAACAACAGCAACAGCAACAACAACAACAACAGCAGCAUCAGGCUCAGCAGCUGGCUCCCCAGUCCCAGCCACAGCCCCAGACCUCGCAGCAGCAGCAGCAGCAGCAGCAGGGGCCGCUGGGUCCAGAGAUGGGUCCCCUGCACGGGCCCCCGGCUCCCGGUCCGCAAGGUCCAGGCCACCAGGACGGUCCGGGCUGCCUGCCGCACCCGCGCGCCGGGGACUUCCUGGGCGAGGCCAUGGGGAACGAGCUGUUCAACUGCCGCCGCUUCAUCAACCCCCAGCACCACCAUCACCACCACCACCACCAUCACCACCACCACCACCACGAGGGUCACGUGAUGGAGGACAUGCUGAGCGCGGACGACGUGAGCUGCAGCAGCUCGCAGGUGAGCGCCAAGUCGGAGAAGAACAUGGCGGACUUUGACGGCGAGGAGUCGGGCUGCGAGGAGGAGCUGGUGCAGAUCAACUCGCACGCCGAGCUCAGCUCGCACCUGCAGCAGCACCUGCCCAACCUGGCCUCCAUCUACCACGAGCACCUGGUGCAAGGCCCUUCCGUUCACAAGCACCAGUAUUCCAGCCAUGCUGUCACCGAUAUCAACCUGGACAACGUGUGCAAGAAAGGCAACACUCUGCUGUGGGACCUGGUGCAGGACGAAGAUGCGAUCCACCUAUCAGAGGGCCUGAUUGGCGAGGCGGAGAAGUUGCUGUGUUCGCUGGUGUGCUGGUUCACCGACCGUCAGAUCCGCAUGCGCUUCAUCGAGGGCUGCCUGGAGAACCUCGCCAACCACCGGUCGGUGGUGGUCUCCUUGCGUCUGCUGCCUAAGCUGUUUGGGACGUUUCAACAGUUCGGCUCCAGCUACGACACCCACUGGAUCACCAUGUGGGCGGAGAAGGAGCUGCACAUGAUGAAGUUGUUCUUUGAGAACCUGCUGCACUACAUCCAGGAAGUGAGGGAGAAACGGCACAAGUUUGCUCUGUACAGCCACAGUGCGGAGGUGCAGGUGCGUCUGCAGUUCCUCACCUGUGUGUUCUCCACACUGGGCUCCCCAGACCACUUCAGGCUGAGUCUGGAGCAGGUGGACAUCCUGUGGCACUGUCUGGUGGAGGACUCUGAGUGCUACGACGACGCCCUCCACUGGUUCCUCAACCAGGUGCGCAGCAAAGACCAGCACGCCAUGGGCAUGGAGACCUACAAGCACCUCUUCCUGGAGAAGAUGCCCAAGCUGAAGCCAGAGACCAUCAGCAUGACUGGUCUAAACCUGUUCCAGCACCUGUGCAAUCUGGCCCGCCUGGCCACCAGCACCUAUGACAGCGGCCCCAACUGCGAGCUGUGUGGAAUGGACCAGCUGUGGGGUAUCGCCUUGAGAGCCCAGUCUGCGGACAUUAGCCGCGCCGCCAUCCAGUACAUCAACUCCUACUACAUCAACGGUAAGGCCGGGCUGGAGAAGGAGCAGGAGUUCAUCAGUAAGUGCAUGGAGUCUCUGCUUAUGGCCUCGGCCAACCUGGAGAAGGACGCCCAGUCCAGCCUCACAGUCAUCGAGAGGGGCCUGCUCAUGCUCAAGACUCACCUGGAGGCCUUCAGACGCAGGUUUGCAUACCACCUGAGGCAGUGGCAGAUCGAGGGCACCGGCAUCUCCAGCCACCUGAAGGCCCUGAGCGAGAAGCAGUCGCUGCCGCUCCGCAUCGUGUGCCAGCCCGCCGGUCUGCCCGAUAAGAUGACUAUAGAGAUGUACCCGAGUGACCAGGUGGCGGACCUGAGAGCGGAGGUGACCCACUGGUAUGAGAACCUGCAGAAGGAGCAGAUGAACCAGCAGGCCCAGCUGCAGGAGUUUGGACAGACCAGCCGCCAGACCGGAGACUUCCCAGGAGGUCUAAUGGGUCCAGUGAGGAUGAUUUCAUCUGGUCAUGAACUGACCACAGACUAUGAUGAGAAAACACUGCACGAGUUGGGCUUCAAAGACAUGCAGAUGGUGUUUCUCUCUCUCUCUCUCUCGGGAGCUGAUGGUGUUUGAGGGCUCCAGCUGCCGGCCCUCGCGGUUCGUGUCUGCCGGGCCGAGAAGGAGCACAUCCCCAUGCUGCUGCUGCUGCAGGAGCCGCACCUGACCACGCUCUUCGACCUGCUGGAGACGCUAGCCUGCUUCAAACCCCCCAGCCCCGACCGCGCCCUGGAGAGCGCCGAGAGUGUGCGCUGUGAGGAGCUGCACCUGCAUGCUGAGAACCUGUCCCGGCGUGUGUGGGAGCUGCUCAUGCUGCUGCCCACCUGCCCCAACAUGCUGCAGGCCUUCCAGAACAUCUCUGACGACACGGUUUCUGAGGGUCUGUGCUGGAAGGAUCUGCUGAGGAUCAAGAGUCCCCACAAGCUGCUCUACGCUCUGGAGAUCAUCGAGGCUCUGGGGAAACCCAACCGCCGCAUCCACAGAGAGUCCACCGGGAGCUACAGUGAUCUGUACCCAGACUCAGACGACUCCAGUGAGGACCAGAUUGAAAACAGCAAGAAUACAUGGAGCUGCAAGUUUGUCGGGUCUGGCGGUCUACAGUUGCUGUUAGAGAUUUUCAACUCGGCCAUCUUGGAGCCCAAGGAGCAGGAAUCCUGGACUGUGUGGCUGCUGGACUGUCUGGCGUGCCUGCUGAAGCUCAUCUGCCAGUUUGCGGUGGACCCAGCCGACCUGGACCUGGCCUACCACGACGUGUUCGCCUGGUCGGGCGUGAGCGACUCCUCGCCAUGCUAAAGCUGGCCCAGCAAGUCCCGGAGGAAGCCGGGCGAUCACGUCAAGGGCCUGCACAUCCCGCGCCUCACCGAGGUCUUUCUCGGCCUUGUCCAGGGCACCAACCUCAUCCAGCGCCUCAUCAAUGUAACAUACACGUAUGACAACUUGGCUCACAGGGUUCUGAAGGCUCAAUCUGAUCACAGAUCACGUCACGAAGUGACUCACUACUCCAUGUGGUUGCUGGUGAGCUGGGCUCACUGCUGCUCCACGGUCAAGUCCAGCCUGGCCGACAGUGACCACCUGCACGACUGGCUCAAGAAGCUGACACUGCUCAUCCCCGAGGCUGCGGUGCGGCACGAGGCGUGUAAUGGCCUCUAUAAGCUCUCUCUCUGUGGGCUGGAGGGGGGUGAGAGCAUCAACAGGUCCUUCCUGCUGCUCGCCGCCUCCACGCUGCUCAAGUUCCUGCCCGACGCACAGGCACUCAAGCCACUCAAGGUGGAGGACUAUGAGGAGGAGCCCUUGCUGAGGACGGGCUGCAAGGAGUACUUUUGGCUGCUGUGCAAACUCAUCGACAACAUCCACGUCAAGGAUGCCAGCCAGACGACUUUGUUGGACCUUGAUGCUCUGGCCAGGCACCUUGCGGACUGCAUUCGCAGCCGUGAGAUCCUGGACCAGCAGGACGGCGCGGUGGAGGACGACGGCCUGACCGGGCUGCUGCGGCUGGCCACCAGCGUGCUCAAGCACAAGCCGCCGUUCAAGUUCUCGCGCGAGGGCCAGGAGUUCCUGCGCGACACGCAUGACCUGCUCUUCCUGCUGCCCAGCCUCAAGGACCGGCGGCAGCCCAAGUGCAAGUCGCAUGCCGCCCGCGCCGCCGCCUACGACCUGCUGGUGGAGAUGGUCAAGGGCUCGCUGGACAACUACCGGCUGCUGCACAACUGGGUCAUGUCUCAGCACAUGCAGGCCUCCCACGCCCCCUAUAAGUGGGACUACUGGCCCCAUGACGACGUGCGGGCGGAGUGCCGCUUCGUGGGCCUCACCAACCUGGGCGCCACCUGCUACCUGGCCUCCACCAUCCAGCAGCUCUACAUGAUCCCCGAGGCCCGGCAAGCAGUCUUCACUGCCAAGUACUCUGAGGAGAUCAAGCACAAGACCACCUUACUGGAGCUUCAGAAGAUGUUCACCUAUCUCAUGGAGAGCGAGAGGAAGGCCUAUAACCCGCGGCCGUUCUGUAAGACCUACACCAUGGACAAGCAGCCCCUCAACACGGGCGAGCAAAAAGACAUGACCGAGUUCUUCACGGACCUCAUCACCAAGAUCGAGGAGAUGUCGCAGGACUUGAAAAACACAGUGAAGACACUUUUUGGUGGGGUCAUCACAAACAAUGUGGUCUCAUUGGAUUGUGACCAUGUGAGUCAGACGGCAGAGGAGUUCUACACAGUCAGGUGUCAGGUGGCCGACAUGAAGAACAUCUAUGAGUCUCUGGAUGAGGUGACCAUCAAGGACACACUGGAGGGGGACAACAUGUACACCUGCUCCCAGUGCGGCAAGAAAGUCAGGGCGGAGAAGAGGGCGUGCUUCAAGAAGCUCCCGCGCAUCCUGAGCUUCAACACCAUGCGCUACACCUUCAACAUGGUCACCAUGAUGAAGGAAAAGGUCAACACACAUUUCUCCUUCCCGCUGCGCCUGGACAUGACGCCCUACACCGAGGACUUCCUCAUGGCCAAGGGGGACAGGAAGGAAGGUUUCCGUGGCGGCCCGGUGGUGAAGGCGACGGAGAGCUCUGAAUCUGAUCUGAUUGGGCAUUGACUGUGCACCGCGGGCCGGGCGGAUGGUGGCCAUUACUACAGCUUCAUCAGGGACAUCAUCAACCCCCACGCCUACAAAAACAAUAAGUGGUAUCUGUUUAACGACGCAGAGGUGAAGCCCUUUGACUCGGCCCAGCUGGCGUCGGAAUGUUUCGGUGGGGAGAUGACGACAAAAACAUACGACUCCGUCACUGACAAGUUCAUGGAUUUCUCCUUUGAAAAGACCCAUAGUGCCUAUAUGUUAUUUUAUAAGCGAGUGGAGCCGGAAGAGGAGUACGGGAAGGACUUUAAUUUUGACGUCUCUCCCGACCUGCUGGAGUGGAUCUGGCAUGAUAACAUGCAGUUUCUCCAGGACAAGAAUAUUUUUGAGCACACUUACUUUGGGUUUAUGUGGCAGCUGUGCAGCAGCAUCCCCAGCACUUUACCGGACCCCAAAGCCAUCUCUCUCAUGACCGCUAAGCUCAGCACUUCGUUUGUGUUGGAGACUUUUAUCCACUCCAAAGAGAAGCCUACCAUGCUGCAGUGGAUUGAGCUCUUAACCAAACAGUUCAACAACAGCCAGGCGGCCUGUGAGUGGUUCCUGGAUCGGAUGGCUGAUGACAACUGGUGGCCAAUGCAGAUUCUCAUCAAAUGUCCCAAUCAGAUUGUACGGCAGAUGUUCCAGCGGCUUUGUAUUCACGUCAUCCAGAGACUGCGGCCUGUCCAUGCCCACCUCUAUCUGCAGCCUGGCAUGGAGGAUGGCUCGGACGAUAUGGACGGUCCAGUGGAGGACAUCGGUAGUCGGUCGUGUGUGACACGCUUCGUGAAGACGCUGCUGUCCAUCAUGGAGCAUGGUGUGAAGCCGCACAGCAAACACCUGACCGAGUACUUCGCCUUUCUCUACGAGUUCGCCAAGAUGGGCGAGGAGGAGAGUCAGUUUCUCCUGUCUCUUCAAUCCAUCUCCAUUAUGGUGCAUUUCUACAUGGGCACUAAGGGCCCUGAGAAUCCGCAGGUGGAAGUGCUGUCGGAGGAGGAAGGCGAGGAGGAGGAUGAGGAAGAGGACAUUCUGUCUCUGGCUGAGGAGAAGUAUCGCCCGGCGGCACUGGAGAAGAUGAUUGCACUCAUCGCCCUGCUGGUGGAGCAGUCCCGCUCUGAGAGGCACCUGACGCUGUCUCAGAGCGACAUGGCUGCGCUGACGGGAGGGAAAGGAUUCCCUUUCCUCUUCCAGCACAUCCGCGACGGCAUCAACAUCCGCCAGACCUGCAACCUCAUCUUCAGCCUCUGCCGCUACAACAACCGCCUCGCUGAACACAUCGUCUCUAUGCUCUUCACUUCUAUUGCCAAGCUCACUCCAGAGGCGGCAAACCCCUUCUUUAAGCUGUUGACCAUGCUGAUGGAGUUUGCUGGGGGUCCUCCUGGCAUGCCCUCGUUCGCCUCCUACAUUCUGCAGAGGAUCUGGGAGGUGAUUGAGUACAACCCGUCUCAGUGUCUGGACUGGCUGGCGGUGCAGACGCCGCGGAACAAGAUGGCCCACAGCUGGGUGCUGCAGAACAUGGAGAACUGGGUUGAGCGCUUCCUGCUGGCCCAUAACUACCCUCGCGUCCGCACAUCGGCGGCGUACCUACUGGUGUCGCUCAUCCCCAGCAACUCGUUCCGGCAGAUGUUCCGCACCACGCGCUCGCUGCACCUGCCCACGCGCGACCUGCCGCUGAGCCCGGACACGGCGGCGGUGCUGCACCAGGUGUACCAGCUGCUGCUGGGCCUGCUGGGCCGCGCCAAGCUCUACGUGGAUGUGGCCGUGCACGGCACCACCAAGCUGGUGCAGUACUUCAGCUUCCUCACCUACUGCCUCAUCUCCAAGACCGAGAAGCUCAUGUUCUCCAGCUACUUCAUGGACCUGUGGAACCUCUUCCAGCCCAAACUGUCUGAGCCCGCCAUCGCCACCAACCACAACAAGCAGGCGCUGCUGUCCUUCUGGUACAACGCCUGUGUGGACUGCCCAGAGAACGUGCGCCUGAUCGUCCAGAACCCGGCCGUCACCAAGAACAUCGCCUUCAACUACAUUCUGGCGGACCACGACGACCAGGAGGUGGUGCUGUUCAACCGCGGCAUGCUGCCCGCCUACUACGGCAUCCUGCGCCUGUGUUGCGAGCUCUCGGCCGCCUUCACGCGCCAGCUGGCCUCGCACCAGAACAUCCAGUGGGCCUUCAAGAACCUCACGCCGCACGCCAGCCAGUACCCCGGGGCGGUGGAGGAGUUGUUUAACUUGAUGCAGCUGUUUGUGGCCCAGCGGCCGGACAUGCGUGACGAGGAGCUGGAGGACAUCAAGCAGUUCAAGAAGACCACCAUCAGCUGCUACCUGCGGUGCCUGGACGGACGCUCCUGUUGGACUACGCUCAUCAGUGCCUUCCGUGUGCUACUGGAAAAUGAUGAGGACCGACUGCUGGUGGUCUUCAACAGGGGACUCAUCCUCAUGACCGAGUCCUUCAACACGCUGCACAUGAUGUACCAUGAAGCCACGGCGUGUCACGUGACGGGCGACCUGGUGGAGCUGCUCUCUAUCUUCCUGUCGGUGCUGAAGGCCACUCGGCCCUACCUGCAGCGCAAAGAUGUGAAGCAGGCUCUGAUCCAGUGGCAGGAGAGGAUUGAUUUCGCCCACAAGCUCCUGACCCUCCUUAACUCCUACAGCCCUCCAGAGCUCCGCAACGCCUGCCUGGACGUGCUGAAGGAGCUGGUGCUUCUUAGCCCUCAUGACUUCCUUCACACCCUCGUCCCUUUCCUGCAGCACAACCACUGCACCUAUCACCACAGCAAUAUCCCCAUGUCUUUUGGGCCGUAUCUGCCCUGCAGAGAGAACAUGAAGCUGAUGGGAGGAAAGAACAACAUCAGACCCCCCCGACCCGAACUCAACAUGUGCCUACUGCCCUCUAUGGUGGAAACCAGCAAGGGUAAAGAUGAAGUUUACGACAGGAUGCUUCUGGACUACUUCCUCUCCUACCACCAGUUUAUCCACCUGCUGUGUCGUGUGGCCAUCAACUGCGAGAAGUUCACAGAGACGUUGGUCAAACUGAGUGUGUUGAUCGCAUAUGAAGGGUUACCUCUCCACCUGGCUCUCUUCCCCAAGCUGUGGACUGAACUCGCUCAGUCUCAGUCGGCGCUGGCUAAGACGUGUGUGAAGUUGCUGUGUGAGGACCCUGCAUUUGGCGAGUACAUAAAGUGCAUCCUGGUGGACGAGCGGACCUUCCUCAACAACAACAUGGCCUACUCCUUCCUCUCCUGUUUUCUGCACAAGGUUCAGUCCCAGGUGCUGUCUGGUCCAAGCUGCUCCAACCUCAUCAACAUCCUGGUCACCAACCUGCUCAACGAGUACCACAGCCUGCAGCCUGAACUGGCCAAUCACAGACCAGAAAUCAGCAAGACCAGCGGCCUGCUCAACUCUGAGCUGCGGGCGCUGGUGCUGAUGCUGGCGGUCCACUCCCCCCAGCAGCUGGAGCCGGCGCUGGGCCCUGCCCUGCAGGAGCUGCUGACCACGUGCCGCGCCUGUCUGCAGCACCGCACCGCCCUGCUGGAGCUGGAGGCCAAGGAGCGCAAGAGCAAAGCGGACGAUGAGGGGGCGACCCCUGUGAAGCGGCGGCGGGUCAGCAGCGGAGAUGACCACCCGGGCGAGGGCACCAGCUCCUCCAUGCCCUCCGGCUGCCCGUCCACCUCUGCCAACGCAGCCUCCUCCUCCUCCUCCGCCGCCUCUUCCUCAUUGGCUCCCGGCGCCGAGACGAAGGCGGAGCCGGCGGAGGUCCCGCCCCGCUCGCCCGGCAGCCCCUCGGACACGGAGACGCGCGACUCGUCGCUCAUCGACCCGGGCACGGAGCACGAGCCGCCCUCGCCGGACGGCGCCUCGCCCAAGGAGGAGAAGAUGGACGCGCCGCUGCAGUCCUCCUCGUCCUCUUCCUCCUCCUCCUCCUCGUCUUCGUCGUCCUCGUCCUCCUCGCUGCCCGAGGGCUUCGGGGGGCAGGACGAGCCCAUGGUGCAGCAGCAGCAGACGGCCGCGACUGGUCCCAGAACAGUGGAACUCCGAGGAGGAGGGGGGGAGAGAGAUGAAGAAGGGAUGGAAGAGGAGCAGCGGAGGAAGGACGUAGCAAUGAGGGACGAGGGAGCGAAGGAGGAGACAGAGGACUGCUGCAAGACUCUAGGAGGCGGCGUUGACGCCGCCGCCGCCACAACAACGGCCUCCGUUGCUGCCGCAAGCGCAGCCUCUUCCUCCUCUUCGUCCUCCUCUUCCUCGGCGUCCCAAGACGACGCGGCGCUGCUGUUGUCGGGCCCGUCGGAGGCGGCGGCGGCGGCAGCUGCGGCGGCUGCGCUGUGGGGACCGGGGAGCGGGGGCCCGACGGACGCGCUGGACACACUCUACCGGACCGUGGAGGCCGCCAUCGCCGCUGUGGCCAAGGCGAGCGCCACCACCAAGGGAGCACCGCCGCAGUCAUCUCCCUCGUGAUGUCACUUCCUCUGUUGUACUUCGCCGCCCGGGCCCACUCGCUUUCUUCCCGCACAAGACAAAACAGAGUGGACACUUGGAGUCCUUCAGCAAGGGCCGUCUAAUCAACAUUUCAGUUGCGCAUGCUUGACUUACAACCCCCUUCCUUCAUCCCUGAAAGGCAAUGA